GUAACUGAAAUGAACUUUGGGAUUUGUCCGCCUGUGUGAGUGACAUUUAAAAACGAAGGCAGGGGUCCGAACACAGCCUUACAUACAGUUAGUCUAACUAUUUUAGAAAUAUUCGGUUUAAAAUUCUGGAUGUACGUUUAUUUAGCCAAACGACCGAAGGACGCUGUUAGACAGUUGUCAUCAGAGCGGAACACACCUCCGCGAAGUUACAUCAUUGGACGUAGUGCAAAUGUACCACCGUGCCACCGAAGCUACGACUAACAGAUGACAAUGAGGUUUUACAGAACACUAGUCAGACAUGCGAAGUCGCUGAAUUUAAGCUGCAAAACUAGAUAUGGCACACACGAUUCAUUUAGGGCAACGCCGUUGGCAUUCAACAGCAAUGCCUCAUGUUCAGAGCCGGAGAAGAGAUGGCUCAAACCAACAGGCUUUGACACAGGCAUACGGACCUACAACAGUCUUACCAAACAGAAAGAACCUUUAGUGCUGACACAGGAGGGAAUUGCCACUUGGUACAGCUGUGGACCCACGGUUUAUGACCAUGCUCAUCUCGGACACGCAUGCUCUUAUGUGCGAUUUGACAUUCUGCAGCGGAUUUUAUCCAGGGUAUUCGGAGUUAACGUAAUACACGUCAUGGUCAUCACAGACAUUGACGAUAAGAUCAUACAGAGAAGCCUCAAGGAGAACAUUUCUCCAACAGUGCUUGCUAGAAUGUAUGAAGAAGACUUCAAAAGGGAUAUGCACGCAUUGAAGGUCAUUCCUCCGGCCGUCUACAUGAGAGUCACAGAGAAUAUACCUCAGAUAAUAGCUUUCAUUGAACGCAUUAUCCAAAAUGGACAUGGUUACGCCACAAGUCAAGGGGAUGUUUAUUUUGAUACACAGUCCAUUGGUAAUCGCUAUGGUAAACUGGUGAACCUGGGAAGUACAGUUCCGGAGACAGCUGAUGGAGAAAAACGGGAUCCACGGGAUUUUGCGUUGUGGAAAGCAUCCAAGCCACGGGAACCUUACUGGGAGUCUCCAUGGGGGAAUGGAAGGCCAGGUUGGCACAUUGAAUGCUCCACCAUUGCCAGCUCUGUGUUUGGGAACCGAUUGGAUAUCCAUUCUGGGGGAAUCGACUUGGCCUUCCCACACCACGAGAACGAGAUCGCUCAGUGUGAGGCCUACCACCAAUGUAAGCAAUGGGGCAACUACUUCCUUCACUCAGGGCACCUGCAUUUAAAAGGAAGUACAGAGAAGAUGUCCAAGUCCUUAAAGAAUUACAUAACCAUAAAGGAGUUUCUACAGUCCUACACUUCCAAUGAGUUCAGAAUGUUUUGCCUGUUGACCAAGUACAGAUCUGCUAUUGACUACAGUCCUGCCAGUAUGAACGAAGCUCGCUGCUCUUUGGAUACCAUCUCUGCCUUUAGCCACAGUGCCCAGGCCUACAUGCAAGGCCAGCUCCAAUGCCAACCAGUAGAUGAAGGGGUCCUUUGGGAAAAGUUAUCCGCUACCCAAGCUAGCGUUCGAACGGCCUUGGCAGAUGACUUUGACACUCCGAAGGCUGUUGUUGCAAUCAUGAACCUCAUUCACCAUGGGAACUGUCAGCUCCAGCCCAUCACCAAGACUGAUAAGUCAUCCAGAAGUCCAGCUGUGUUUGGGGCGAUGCUAUCCUACAUCAGGGAGAUUAUGGACAUCCUGGGAGUGAACCUGCAAGAGGAAAAGGAGUCCCUGGCAGGAGACUCAUCUGCUGUUUUGCACAACGUGGUGGAGCAGUUGGUGCAGUUUCGGAGUGAAGUGCGAGCUUUCGCUCUCUCCGUAGACGAGCAGACCCCUCAGUCUGGGGGACAGGGGGGCAGUAAGCGGCCACGCCCGGACAGACUACCUCUACUGAAGGCCUGUGAUGUCUUGCGUAGGGAUCUAGCCCCUCUGGGCGUUCACAUCAAGGACCGAGGAGUCAACUCGACAUGGGAGAUCACACAGCCACGACAGGAGAAGAAGGAGGAGGAGAAGUAGACAUCCUGUGAUAAAGCGUGGAUUUCCGAACCAACGCUGCGGGGGCAAAUGACUGGAAAGCCUCAGGCGAUGCGGACUGAACGAAUGAAAGACUGCCAACAUUUAAACGAUCGUCCGUUGGAACUUCAAUUCAUU